CGUAGCUCCUGAAUGCCCGUGGCUGCUCCCGAGCUGUGCGUGUACCCCCGGGGAUGCUGUGGGGCGGGCUGGGUUUUGCCUGCGUGGCCUCUUCCCAAGAGUGCCAAGGGAGACGAGAGCUGGCAGCACACUUCCUUUUCCGUCCUCAAUGCCGAUGUCAUUUUCUCAAGUGGACCUUGUUCCCACAGCUCUCUGAUGACACCAAACAGCACAGCGAGGCUGAGAGCAUGGAGAUGACCCACUGCAUCCUGCUGCAGGCCCGCAUCUGCCCAGAGGAAACGGUCCCGUUUCUGCAGUCGCAGCUGGGCGAUGAGAGGGAGUCCAGACGCGUGGCAGCCCUGGGUCUGCUCGGAGCUCUGGCUCGCUCAGAUGAGCCCGUGAUGGCAGAGAAGCUGCCCCAGGUUGUGGAGGCUGUGCAGUGCCUGUGCGGGGACCCCAGGACCCAGGUGAGGAGGGCCGUACUCCAGGGCUUGGGCAGGGGGGUCGGCGUGAAAUGUAGGCUUAGGCCUUGGCAGCAUGUCAAGGGAGCCGGCAUUGCUCACGCGCUGAACGUCCUUGCUCAGGCCCUGCAGAGUCAAGGAUGCAGCAAGUCGUUCUUUCUUCCUUUCUUCUUGCAGGUGCCACCGAUCCUCUGCAUCCUGCGCAGCUGCGUGCGCUCCAUGCAGCAGAGCAUGCUCCUGCCCAUCCUCUGCCAGGCGGUGGUCAUCCUCACACGCUGUCACGCAGAGCUCACGAUUGACAACUUCUUCCGGCUGUUUGAGCCCACAGACAGUGACACGUGGAGGAGAAGAAUAAGAGCAUUUUGUCUUCGAGAGGGGAGCCGGUAGAGGAUUGAAAAGAACAGGACAGUCAAGCUAAAAAAUUUGUGUUAUUCAUUAAAAAUUUAGAAUUUAAAUUUUAA